AUGGGCACCAGAGGCCUGGUGAUCUACCGCUGCAAUGGCAGAUACUAUGUCUAUUACAACCAUUGGGACAGCUACCCCGAAGGCUUGGGCGAGGCAAUCGUUCGCCAGAUCCCUGCCGACCCUGAGGAAUAUCGAGCAUGGCUGGAAAAGAUGAGACAGACCUACAGCCGUCUCGGCCAGGAGUUUGAAGACGAAAUACUCUGUGUUUCACCCAAGUUCGGCCAGCCUGGAGGCAUGUCCUCGCCCAUCGAGCGGUUUGCCAAAAGCUACCGCGCUUUGGAUGAUAGGCUCCAAGCCCCUCCAACCUACGCACUGCUGGACGCUGGUGAUGGUAGCUUUUCCAUUGAAUGGACGUACACCAUCGACCUUGAUCGUGAACUGCUUACUGUUGACAAAUCCGUGUCCUUCAACCUUUCCCGACUACCACACCACCCUAGCUGGCACGAUUACUUGACCGAAGACCGCCGUAGGCGCAGGACUUUGGCCAGUAACACACCGCUGGAUCUUAUUGCAAAUACGGUCACCAUGCUCGACGUGGACGUCAAAAUGAAGCAAAGAUACAACUCUCUCAACGUGGAGGUUGAUUUAUUUUCGGCCUGGGGAAAUUUCGAUCCAGUCAAUAACUCCAGACAAGACCUGCUCGUCAAAGCUAGCUUAGCCGUCUGCCGUGAGUAUCGGCCUUUUAUAGACAGGUCUUACACCGAGUGGACUUCUACCUCCUCUCCUUUCAGAGAGAUUGCGUUUGGCAUUUUGUCCAUUGCCGCUGGCGACGUAACUUUUGUAUGCCCCGAGCAUGUCAACAAAACAUAUUCGCGUGAGGGAUUCUUCCUAAUCCCUGACAAUGAGCACCCGGAAGAAGAGCAGACUUUGCUUCCUCUACUCCUUCACGAGUGCCACCGUCCCGGUACUGCUUCUGGAUCCGCCCCUCAAAGCAAUCCCUUUUGGCUCGGAAACGUCCUUGUUUAUUUAACGCCCAGAACGGAACUUGUCGAGGUUGAAGAAGCUGCGGUGGCUAAAGUCGUGGACAGUGGCCUUCAUCAAGGCUUAACAUCCUUUCAAGCCUUGGUAUUCUCCAUCUUGGACGCCAUUUUUAUUCAGGUCGAGAAAGGUAAAGAUGGUGAAAUCAAGGUCACACGGUCGCCAUUGAUGAACCUGCUUUACUUCGAUGAGGAUAAGUCGAACUACCCCAAUGGACCGCGGUCGAGAAGGACAGAGCUUCCACUGGGGGAAGAAUCGACAGAUGGGAACCAAUCAGAAGAGGCUGAAGAAGGGAACAACGAUAAAAAUGAUGCCGAAGAAGCCAUCGUCGCCGCAGGCAGUGCCGAUGAUGAUGACGGUGAUGGCGGCAUUGGCAGACCUGGAGACACUCAAGACGCUCAAGGCGUUGAUGAUGCCGAUGACGGCGGCGAUCAUGGCAAUACUGACGACGAUGACAGCGAUGAUAGUGAUGAUAGCGAUGAUAGCGAUGAUAGCGAUGAUGAAGCUGGUGAGGACGAUGAUGACGACCAUGGCCGUGAUAGCGACGAUGAAGAUGUUUCCGACAUCGUGAUUCCUCUCAUCACUGGCAGCAUGUUGACACAAUUCUUCGACUCAGCGAUGAAUCAGAAACUGGCAGGCACAAAGUCGCGCGUGUUUCCCAACGAGAUUCUGAUAAGAAUCAUGGAGUUCUCGGACCAUCAAACAUACCUCUCCCUUGCUCAAGUAUCGAACUGCUGCAGAGACUUUUAUUAUCGCAAGUUUCGUCUCAACGAUGAUUACGCUCUAGUCCCAAACUGCGAAGAACAGCCCACUGCUUCCUGGACUUUCGAGGAAUUGGACUCUGGUCGCAAGUUACUCUCAUCUGUCGAUUCCAAGAAGGAAAACAAGAACGCUCUGUGGCGCCAACCAAAGAAGACAGACGAGCUUACGGUAAGCCCCAUCAUAGGGAUAGGGAAGCGGAGCAGUGUUAUAAAUGGAGUGAGCUUCGAAUUUCCUGGUAUACCGCUGAAGCGGCCUCCAUAUCCCGGGAAAGAUCAAAAGGACAUGAUUAACGAGGAGGCAGCAGAACUUGGUCGUUACUGGCCGGACGACAGAGACCCAGAGCGACUGUUUACCCUGCCGGAUUACCUCUAUUUGGAAUAUCUCGAGGCUGCUUUUGAGCGUUACGUUCUGAGUCUAUUGCAAGCAUCGGACAUGUCCAGAUUUAGAUUUAUCCGCAUCGUUGCUGCGCAUUAUCCGUGCCUCCUACCAACUGGUUAUAGGCUUUUGAAAACAGAGCUGUUUUCCUGCAGCGGCCUGGUCAUGAUUCUCAGACAUAAGCGGCACGAAAGCCCCGAGGAAUGGGCAAAUACGUUGGAGUACGUCGUUCAAAAAUUGCAGGACACGGACGAAUACAGAUCCAGCCUCGCCCCCAGAGGAAAACCGGUAGUCGUGGCAUUCCACCGGAAAGUGAAACUAUUUUACUAUGUCAGUAAACAUGCAUGUGCACCUCCAGUCACAGCUUCACUCCCCCAGUGCAAGGUAAUUGCAGAGAGAUGCACGGAGUCAGACCCCCGGCGCCGGUUAGUUGACUUGAUUCCUGGCGAACCGAUUAGCCUAGACGACCGAGAGUGCCGUGAGCAAUUUGAGGGCUGGCUUCGCGCAUUUAGCAGCCCUGAUGAAAAGCUGGAGGAAUGGGAUCCUUUCACAGGGCAGAUGAAGGAAUACAAGAAACUUAAGGACGUGGCCGAGGACGCAGUUCGAGAGGAAGAUCCCCAGGUAGACCCUGCGGAGUAG